GGCCAUGAAGAUGAACCGGCUCUGCCUCUCCGCAGCCUUCCUCUUCCUCCUGGUUAUCCUGGUGGACAGCACCCCAGUGUAUGAACACCAUACCCAGGACAAAGGUCAUGUGAUGAUUUCUGGAAAGCAACUGGAGAAACGUUCAGUAAAGGAGCUCCCAACACCAAUACUCCAAGAAGAGAAUAAAGCAGCUUCUAGGCCUGCUUUCUGCCUGGAGCAUAAAUUCUCAGGUCCCUGCAUUACCCCGAAGAUCAGAUACUUUUACAAUGCCAAGACUGGGCACUGUGAGCACUUUAUAUAUGGUGGCUGUGAUGGAAAGAAGAACAACUUCCUCACUGAAGAGGAGUGCAUUAAGACCUGCAUUCAAGGGUCAGGGUCCCUGUGGUAA